GGUGAUGAAGUGAAGUCAGUGUCAAUGAUGGAGGGAGAUUCUGUUACUCUAUACUCUGAUAUUACUGAAAUAAAGAGAGAUGAUGUGAUACUGUGGAGGUUUGGACCUCAAGAGUCUCUUAUAGUUAAUAUCAACAGAGCGGCCAAUAAGACCUCAAUUAAUGAUGAUGUUCUUGAUGGAAGAUUCAGAGACAGACUGCAGGUGAAUAAUCAGACUGGAGAUCUCACCAUCACAAACAUCACAACUCAACAUACUGGACUUUAUCAAAUAAACAUUAGAGGCAUCAAAGAGAUCUCAUGCAGAUUCAAUGUUAUUGUCUAUGCUCGUCUUCCCGUUCCUGUCAUCACCAGAGACUUUUCACAAUGUUCAAAUUGUUCAUUAUUGUGUUCAGUGUUGAAUGUGAGAGAUGUGAGUCUGUCCUGGUACAAAGGAAACAGUUUAUUGUCCAACAUCAGUGUGUCUGAUCUCAACAUCAGACUCUCUCUACCUCUGGAGGUUGAAUAUCAGGAUAACAACACAUACAGCUGUGUGCUCAACAAUACCAUCACAAACCAAACUCAACAUCUCAACAUCAAGAAUCUCUGUCAGAUGUGUUCAGUUGAAACAGCCAGUGAAGAGGAGAUCACUUACGCAAAUCCAGCAAUCUAUACAACACAAGUACAUGAAACGAGAGCUCCAGUGGAGGAUGAUGUGGUGUAUACAGGAAUCAGAAGAAGAUGA